UGUGGGUAUUCGUUCCAUUGGGCUGAGUGAUAAAGUUUGUGUUUAUUUUUUUUGCGUGUUUUGAGAAAGAAGAAGAACAUAAACAAGCCACGGAAUUGCCAUAGAUUGUGAAAUAACAAUAGGUGUUGAUACAAAAACCAGCAGCCAGCAGCUGAGAACUACAUUUUCAAAUUCCUGAUCAAGGCAAUGGAGAAAUAUGAAAUAUUGACUGUGAUUUAUCAUGAAAAAUUCAAUUAUGUUAUAGCCGAUGACCGGGGUCUGAAUCGUCGUUGUUUGAGACCUCAGGAAUUUCGGGAGCUAAUCAACACUCAUGGUUGUGAGGUGGUUGAAUUGAAGAUCAUCAGUUGCUAUUUAUUGAUGGAAAUUUUUAGCAAUGAAGCGGUUGAAAAUCAUCUGGAGAUGGCCAAGUUCCCCAACCUCAGGAAACUUGAAUUGAAUGGCAUGAGUUUUACAUCCGAGUGGUUGGAUAUGCUAAGCAAUUGUUGUGGCCAACUGGAGACCCUUAACUUGGAGAAUUGUUCCAACGGCCAAGGAGCACCAGUACAGCUCGCCGUCGAUAUCAAGCUGGAAAUUUUACAAAAAUUUCCACAUUUAAAGAAAAUAUCGUUACACAGUUACGACUUCUAUUCCCUAACAAUUGAAUAUCCUAAAUGGCAGGAAUUGUUGGGGAACUUGCCUUUGCAGGCUUUGCAUUUGAACGAUCGAAUUAUUGGCGAAAGUUCAACUGACAAUGAAUUGUCAAUGAGGGGUCAAAAUACAACUGCACAGUUGGCUGAGCUUUCGCUCAAAACUUCUUUGGCGCGGGAAAAAUGGUUGGAAAUUUUUUCAAAAUUUCUGAGAAAUUUUGAAAAACUCACCACUCUCAGAAUAGAAGUUUUGGAAACCAUAACCCAACAAAUACUCCAGACACUAGAGGAGAAAUGCAAAAAAUUGCAAAUUCUUCAAAUAACUAAUUCCACAUUCUACACGACACUAUCAGUGAUUAGCUGGCCGAAAAAUUUAAAAGAAUUGGCCCUUCUCCAUUGUGGGGGACUCAAUUUUGGCAAUCUACAAGAAAUUCUGCAAUAUCACCCCAAACUUACGAAAUUUAUUUCAAAAUCCACUGAAUACCAGGAUGAAGAGGUAGAUAACUUUCAAAUUUCGCCUGGACUUCAAAGUCUGGAAGUGGACUGCAAAUACCUGUGGCAACUGCAAGAAUUGUCUAACUUGUUGCACAACAAUCACAUCAAGGAGCUGAUGUGGCAUCACGAAAAGCAGAAUUGUCAACUUUCAGAGAAACCAAUUCCCGCAGCAGAGACUUAUGGGAAUCUUCCACAGCUGCAGAAAUUAACUAUACCCCAUCACAUGACGAGUUUUGGCCACAUCACAGAACUCCUCCAACAUUCCAGCUUAGAAGAUUUAACGGUAAUGCAUUGUGGAGAAUACAGUGAAGCCACUUGCGUGGCGGUUCCAUCAGUGGCAGCACUAUUCCAGGGCAAUAUUUCCGAGUUAUCCAUACCCCUGGAUAUAUUUAAUGGGCAUUUAGAUUUUUGGUUGGACUUCUUUGCAAAGAAUUCGAAAAUGACCAUACUUAGCUGUACCUUUACAUUUGAAGACUUUGAAUAUUCGCAAUUCUUGAAGAGACUAAUUGAAAACCCCCUCUUUCCUGAUGAUUUGAAGAAGCUCGAUAUUUUUGGUUAUACAAUAGAUUGUAAUGAUUUGCACAACAAUUUCAAUGCCCUUAUAAAUAAAUUGGAAAAUGAAAACUGUGAAGAUCUGUAUCGUAUUGUUCUAAGCAAAGAAAACAAAAAAUAA